UAUGAAGAGCUCCAGAUUUCAGUUAGGAGACGUGGAGAUGACCUGCGCAAUACAAAGAUCGAGAUCUCAGAACUGAACCACAUAAUCCAGAAGCUCCAUUCUGAGGCUGACACUGUGAAAAAACAGUGCGCCAUUGUACAGGCAGCCAUUGCAGAUGUGAAGGAGUGUGGAGAAUUUGCCCUUAAGGAUGCCAGGCUGAAGCUUGCUGAACUGGAGGAGGCACUCACAAAGGCCAAGGCAGAGAUGGUCCGUCAGCUGCGAGAGUACCAAGACCUACUGAAUAUCAAGUUGGCUCUGGAUAUUGAAAUACUCACCUAUAGGAAGCUGGUGGAAGGGGAGGAGAGCAGGCUUGCUGGAGAGAGAGUUGGUACACUAAAUGUAUCUGUGGUCCAUUCAUCCAGAGGCCUGAGCUACGGUGGGGGAAAAGCUGUGGGCCUUGCUGGCGGAGCCCCUUGA